AUGGACCCCGCGGUGCCCAGGGCCACGCUGAAGGUGCUGGCGCUGUGCGCGGCGCUGCUGGUGCUGGUGGCGGCGGUGACGGUGGCGGUGGCGGUGAUGGUUUGGCGCUCCGAGGCCGUGGGGAAGCUGCGGGGGUGCCGGGAGCGGGCGGCCAACGAGAGCCGGGAGCUCGGGGAGCGCGUGGUGGAGCUGGAGCGGGAGCGAGCGCGGCUGCAGCGGGAGGAGGAGGCGCUGAGGAGGGAGCUCGCCCGGGCACGCGGGGACGGCAGGAGGGGCAAUGCCAGCCUGGUGUCCUGCCGGGAGCGGGUGGCCAGGCUGGAGGCCAAUGUCACAGCGCUGGGGGACGAGGUGGUGGCCCUGCGGCGCGAGAGGGCGGAGCUGGCCGGGGACAAGGUGGCCCUGCAAGAGGAGGUGGCGCGGGGCGCGGGGCUGGCGCGGGGGCUGCGGCGGCGGCUGGAGGAGGCGCUGGAGCAGCAGCGGGCGCUGCGGGAGCGCGGGGAACGCUGCGAGAGCCGCCAGAGAGAGCUCCAGGACACCCUACGGGAUUACGCGGCGGAGGUGGAGGCGCUGCGGCGGCGGGGGAGGGACCGAGCGACCGGGAGAAGGAAGGAAACGGCAGUAGCUGAGAAUGGAUUCGGGAGCGACACCAUCCCGGCCAUCGCAGACACUUCCCGGUCCCCAGGGAGCGCGGCGCAGCCAGAGGGCAGGAAACAGCCCACGGCUCGGGGAACAAUAGUCCCGCCGCCAACAGAAGCUGCACCGUGA